AUGAUUCACAGUAAAAAGGGCUCGCAGAUGGGAGGCAAAAUUUAUGUAGGCCUCAAUGACGUGGACAAGCGUAGAGAUUAGAUUGAGGGAAGUGGACGGUUGUUUAAGUACAAUGACUAGAAUAUAGGCCAACUCAAGAACUUUUUAAAUCCAAAAAACGACAUAUACAAACUGCCGAAGGAGAAGCUUGCACGAAUGCACAGUCUCAAAUUAGUAGAUCCUCCUAAACUUGUGAAAUAGAUAAUAGACAAGAAUGACUAGAGGAUGGAGCGACGAGAGAAGCUGAAUCAAGAAAAAGCAGAGAACCAGAAGCACAUGAUGAUCAUGAAGCAAAGGAUGAUAUCGAAGAUGUACCUCAAAGGAGGCUAGAUUGGGGCAGAUGUGGACCCAAAUGACAAUGACCUCGAUUUGAUACAGAAUGAAAAGUUUCAAAAAAGCCGUAGGAGAAAAUAGAGACUUGAAAAAAUCAUGUAGCAAAUCAAUAGAGACGCUGACCUUGACCAGUUUAAGUUUCAACCAGAUGAGCUAAAGUUUCCUUAUUCACUUCAUGAGAGGCGAGUAACAACUCAAAAGUUGCAAGAAUAUGAUGAGCAACUCCCGGAUGUAAGGGACAAGUACUCGAACAUCAAGAAAAACAAAAAACUGCUUUCUAAUUUCAUCCAUAAAUCAUCUUCCCAGCCUAGUUUGAUACUAGAUAAUAAAAAUGUUCGAUUAACUUAGACAGUUGGUGGAACUGGAACAGGUGGAAUGACUAGUCGUAGAUAAUCUAUUCAGAUUGAUCCUGAGUAAGAGUUCAUGGAAAAAUAAAAAGCGCUUUAAAAGUAAAAUCAUUAGAGAUUGAAAGCACUUCGACAGGAAGUGGUAUAUAUUAGAAAUAAUUUACAUUAAGAAUCCACAGAGUUUAAUUAACUUCUGGGCAUGAUAUAAAGUUUGAAAGAGUUCUUCCCAUUGAACACACUAUUGUAAAAAGAAAGAAAUUUCUACAGAGAGGCUAGAAAAUCUAUUGGAUCUAUAGAAGAGCUCAGAGAUUAUCAAAAGUCAUAAUUAGUUAUCAUAGAUAAAAAAUAGAAUUACCAUACGAGACAGCAGAGUUUAGACGAGAAAUUUGGAAAUAAAAGGCAAAUUCAAAAUUUGAUCAAGAAUAAUGCUAAUUAAAACUUUAUAGAAAAAUACAAGAUAUAGAAUUUUUAAGAAACCGGCUUGAGCAAGGAUAAAUAUUUAACAUAGUUGAUUAACAUCAGGGAACUUGAGAAGAAAUAGCAACUCAUGGAGAAAAAUCUAUACCUCAACAUGAAUCAUAAUGAUUUAGAUGAUACUUCGAGUGAUGAAGAUUCGCAUUAGAUCACUAUGAUAACAGAAGGAAAUUUAGAAUCAGUGGACAGAUAAGGGAAUGAGCAUCACACACCUUUCAAUAAUAAAAAUAUGCUACAAUAAACUUAACCAAAAUUACCCUUAAAUAAGCCAAAGAGUCAUAACAAUCUUUAAUCAAUCUAAAAGACUCUAAAUUACCCUAAUAUCCAGAUUUCAUCAUUAGGACAGCCAGCUUCUCCUUCACAUGAUAAAAAUCACGAAUUUCUUGAUUUAGACAAUCUAUCUUUUAACUCCAAAGAACUUAAUAGUCCAUUAAGAAGAUCACCAACAAGAAGUCCUUCAAAGAAAAAAGAGACGAAAGAAUCAAAACUAUUACUCUCUAAAUUCCAUGAUGAUCCAGUAAUACAGUCUAUUAUCACAAACGGCUAGGUGAGUUCUUUCCUUAGAGUAAAAAAAAAUCAAAUGAAAAAGGAGAAGAACAUGCUCUAACUGAUACCUAGUCUAGAGUAUGUAGAUGCUUAGUAAAGUAUAAAAAAUGCUAGUUAAACUGCAAGAAAUAACCAGAAUCCUUAGUUGAGUGAGUAUCGAAGAGCUUCGUUAAACUUUGAAGCUGUCCAUGAGAUUCAAAAGAACAAGACAGAGAGACAGCUUUUGAAGAAGCUCUAAAGACAUUUUAAGAAGAUUAACUCUGAGCUACAGCCAACAAUAUCAAGAUCUUAGUUAAACAAAUAGCUAUCAAUAAUGGAAAAGAUAAAUGAAGAGGAAAGACACAGAAUAACUGGAUCAAAUGUUAAGCUUUCUCAAUGCAUGCUAAAUAUAGUUGAUGGUGUUCAUUAGCAAGCAGCUUAAUAGCCAAUAUCGCAACUCUCUUAGCAUCAAGAUGCAUCUAGCUCAAAUAAAUUGACCAGUUCACCCUCAUUUAAAAAGCCUAUGAAUGGAGUUGGAGGAAAGAAUCAGUAAAAGCAUCAUGAAAAUAUUGAUCCGCUCUUUAGCAAUGAGUACUUUUAAAGGAAAUAUAGCAAUUAUGAGGAGGAACAUCUAAAGAAGGAUAGUGAGCUAAGAGAUAUAUAGCACAGUAGCUUGAAUAAGUUCAAAGACCAAAUAUCCUAGGUAAAAACAAGUCUUUUGACACAAAUUCAAAUGAAGGAGUAAUUAAUUAAAGAAUUCAAAGACAAGACUUUAGAUAUGCUCAAUAACAAAAUGCAAAAGCAUCAAUCAAAUCAGUAAAAGAAAUCAAUCGUUAAAAUGACUACAAUGAAGAAGGGAAAUAAUGUUAUUUGA